GCGGAAGUAACCGCGCUGGAACGCGGAGAGAGAGAGAGAGAGAGAGAGAGAGAUGAAGUUUGAGUUGUGUGUUUAUCCGCGGUGUAGUGUUUGUGAGUGUGUGUUAGCCGUGUCCAGUGGUCAGUAUGAGGCGGAGAGAGAAGAGACUGCUGCAGGUUGUGGUGUUGGUCAUCGCCGCGCUGCUUUUUCUCCACAGCGGCGCUCUGAGGAACUCUAACACCGGAAACACGGAGCACUCUCACACACAGGAAUUACUCAGGAGGGUGAAACCUGUAGACAGUCAGAGGAGGAAAGACUGGCACGACAAUGAGGCCAUAAAGAGAGAUGCAGCACGAACAGGAAAUGGAGAGCAGGGAAAACCGUUCCCACUGACCGAUACUGACCGAGUGGAUCAGGCUUACAGAGAGAACGGCUUCAACAUUUAUGUCAGUGACAGAAUCUCACUUAACAGAUCACUGCCUGACAUCCGCCACCCAAACUGUAAACACAAGCUGUAUGCUGAGAACCUCCCCAACACCAGCAUCAUCAUUCCAUUCCAUAACGAGGGCUGGAGUUCAUUACUGCGCACUGUACACAGCAUUCUGAACCGCUCGCCCCAACAGCUCAUCACUGAGAUCAUCCUGGUAGAUGACUUCAGUGACCGAGAGCACCUGAAGGCCCCGUUAGAGGAGUACAUGGCCCGGCUGCCGAAGGUGCGCAUCAUUCGCACUCAGAAGCGUGAAGGUCUGAUCAGGACCAGACUGCUGGGGGCAUCACUCGCUACCGGACAGGUCAUCACCUUCCUCGACUCGCACUGUGAGGCUAAUGUCAACUGGCUGCCCCCGCUGCUGGAUCGUAUUGCUCAGAACAGUAAGAUGAUCGUGUGUCCGAUGAUUGAUGUGAUCGAUCACGAUAACUUCGGCUACGAGACUCAGGCAGGAGACGCCAUGCGUGGAGCGUUCGACUGGGAGAUGUUCUACAAACGCAUCCCCAUUCCUCCUGAAUUGCAGGACAGCGACCUGAGCGAACCGUUUGAGUCUCCAGUGAUGGCCGGCGGUCUGUUUGCUGUAGACAGGAAAUGGUUUUGGGAACUGGGAGGAUAUGAUGCGGGACUGGAGAUCUGGGGAGGAGAACAGUACGAGAUUUCAUUUAAGGUAUGGAUGUGUGGAGGUCGUAUGGAGGACAUUCCCUGCUCUCGGGUUGGCCAUAUUUACAGGAAGUACGUUCCCUACAAAGUGCCUGGAGGUGUGAGCCUAGCUAGGAACCUGAAGCGAGUGGCAGAGGUGUGGAUGGAUGAGUAUGCAGAGUUUAUUUACCAGCGGCGGCCGGACUAUCGCCCCCUGUCUGUGGGAGAUGUGAGUGCACAGAGAGAGCUCCGCCUCCAACUCGGCUGUAAGAGCUUCCACUGGUUCAUGACUGAGGUGGCGUGGGACUUACAGCGCUAUUACCCCGCUGUGGAGCCCCCUGCUGCUGCCUGGGGGGAGCUGCGUAAUGUGGGCAGUGGUCUGUGUAUGGAGAGUAAACACUUGUCCGGUUCUCCUCUCAGACUGGAGUCGUGUGUAAAAGGUCAAGGGAAUGCUCUGUGGAAUCGUGCACAGGUGUUUACGUUCGGGUGGAGGGAGGACAUCAGGGUUGGAGAUCCUCUGCACACAAAGAAAGUGUGUUUAGACGCCGUUUCACACAGCAGCCCUGUCACACUGUACGACUGUCACGGCAUGAAGGGCAACCAGCUGUGGAGAUACAGGAAGGACUAUACUCUGUUCCACCCGGUCAGUAACAGCUGUGUGGACAGCGACGCGUCAGAUAAACGGAUUUUCAUGAACUCGUGUGAUCCCCAGUCUCUGAGUCAGCAGUGGAGAUUUGAGAAGGUCAACACGACGGUUCUGGAGCAGUUGAACAGGAACUUGCCCGCUCUGUGAGAAGCUGACCCUCAGAACAUCUUCAGUGUUACUGGCUGCUCUCCUGCACACAUGGACUGGUCUCAGAUUCUGGACAGAGGCAGAUGGAGCACCUGGAAUGUAGAAAGGAGACAUUUGAGAACAUCUGAAUCUUCAGCGUAUUCUGUGGAGCUCUGUUAGCCAGAGACUUGGACAUUUCUCCUCCCAGAGGUGUUGAUGAGAUGUUCUGAUGCAUGAAAACACUUUGCUGUUAAACUUGAAGCUGAACUCAGUGCCAUGAUGUGAGAGAAGGUUUGGUCCAUUCUGUAACGGAGCGAGUGAGCACUGACCUUUGUGUUCAUUCCUUUUUUCACUCCAGCACUUUUCCCAUUUGCACUCAGAGUCUCGUACAGGAUCUGCCUUCAUCACCCAGAAGAAAAGAAAUGAAUCAGAAACUUGUUUUAUUUUCAUUUAUAUUCUUUAUUAGCUGAUGUCUGAGGUAAUGGAGGUGAUGGACUGAUUCAGAAUGGGACAUGAUUGUGAAGAACGCAGGAUGUUUUUAAAUAUAAGAUCAAGAAUUAGAGAUUAAAUAUUCAAAUUAAACCAGGACUGAAAUCUAAAUAUCAUAAAAUACUCAUUAGACCUGAUAUUAGACCUGAUAUUAGACCUGAUAUUAGACCUGAUAUUAGACCUGAUAUUCUGAUUUGACCUGAAGGAGCUCUUGACCAGAUGUUCCUGUCGGCUGUUUCAGGAACCCUGUCUGUGUGGAGGAAGUGUGUGAAAUGUGUAGAUGAUAAUAACUGACCACAUGACGUCACACUUCAUCACAGUGUUUUAUUUAAAACGAAUCAACGUUCAAUCAGAAACACGUUCCUCAGUUCUGGUCAUUCUGUCCACCUUGUUCUUCACACAGGAACCGGAUGAAGAUCAGGACACACACACACACACACACACACACACACACACACACACUGCUCCACAACCAACCCCCCUGGAGUGCAGACAUGCUCACUACCGAGGCUGUGUGUGUGUUUGUGUGUGUGUUUGUGUGUGUGUUUGUGUUUGUGCGUGUGUGCGUGCGUGCAUAUGUGUGUGUGUGUGUGCGUGCGUGUGUGUGUGUGUGUGCAUGCGUGUGUUUGUGUGUGUGCGUGUGUGUUUGUGUGUGCGUGUGUGUGCGUGUGUUUGUGCGUGUGUGUGUGUUUGUGUGUGUGUGCGUGCGUGUGUGUUUGUGUCUGUGUGUUUGUGCGUGCAUGUGUGUUUGUGUGCGUGCGUGUGUGUGUUUGUGUGCGUGCGUGUGUGUGUUUGUGUGUGCGUGCGUGCGUGUGUUUGUGUGCGUGCGUGUGUGUGUUUGUGUGCGUGCGUGUGUGUGUUUGUGUGCGUGCGUGUGUUUGUGUGCGUGCGUGUUUGUGUGUGCGUGCGUGCGUGCGUGUGUGUGUGUGUGUGUGCGUGCGUGUGUUUGUGUGCGUGCGUGCGUGUGUUUGUGUGCGUGCGUGUGUUUGUGUGCGUGCGUGUGUUUGUGUGCGUGCGUGUGUUUGUGUGCGUGCGUGUGUUUGUGUGUGUGCGUGCGUGUGUUUGUGUGUGCGUGUGUGUUUGUGUGCGUGCGUGUGUGUGUUUGUGUGCGUGUGUGUGUUUGUGUGCGUGUGUGCGUGCGUGUGUGUGUUUGUGUGCGUGCGUGUGUGUGUUUGUGUGCGUGCGUGUGUUUGUGUGCGUGCGUGUUUGUGUGUGUGCGUGUGUUUGUGUGUGUGCGUGCGUGUGUUUGUGUGUGUGCGUGCGUGUGUUUGUGUGUGUGCGUGUGUUUGUGUGUGUGCGUGUGUUUGUGUGUGUGCGUGCGUGUGUUUGUGUGUGCGUGCGUGUGUUUGUGUGUGUGCGUGCGUGUGUUUGUGUGCGUGCGUGUGUUUGUGUGUGUGCGUGCGUGUGUUUGUGUGUGUGCGUGCGUGUGUUUGUGUGUGUGCGUGCGUGUGUUUGUGUGCGUGCGUGUGUUUGUGUGCGUGCGUGUGUUUGUGUGCGUGCGUGCGUGUGUGUUUGUGUGCGUGUGUGUUUGUGUGCGUGCGUGUGUGUGUUUGUGUGCGUGUGUGUGUUUGUGUGCGUGUGUGUGUUUGUGUGCGUGUGUGUGUUUGUGUGCGUGUGUGUGUUUGUGUGCGUGCGUGUGUGUUUGUGUGCGUGCGUGAAUUUGUUGAAUUAACAGCUUGAGAGAAUUUUAUUUUGUAUAUUUCUAUUUUCUUGGUCUUUUUGAACCUUUACAGAAAUAAGAGAUGAUUUUAAAGCCACAGUAAUGAGGGUGGAGCUAAGACGUGAUGCGUAGCCAAUCCCAGAAGAAACAGUUUUUGAAAAAGAUUAUUUUUCUACAGAAAUGUAAAUCUAUUUCAUUACUGAAUAUAAAAAUGGAAUUAAAACAUUUUCAUUAAAAAUAUAAAAGAAA